AUGCCCUUAAAAAGAACACCACCAAAGCCUUCUCACCCAGAUGACAAAAAAGGAAGUUCCACUUCCGAGAACCGGAAAUUCCCUCAAUCAGGAUCAUCCCCGGAUCUUUCGACUUUGGGAGGAGAUCGCAAUAUAACUCGCUUGAAGCGUAAGCGCGACGACUGCGACUGCCGGUCGGGGCUGGACGAAAUCCGCGCGAUGUUGUCAGCAUCAACCGUUCAAACAGAUAGCAAGCUAUCCUCACUACAUCAGGCUAUUACCGAAAUCAUUGCACAGAACUUAGAGAUAAAAGACUCUCUCACUUUUAUUUCCAAAGAAUAUGACGACAUGAAAAUAAAAUUAUCUAACCUGGAAUCUGAACGCAAUUAUGAUCGUCGAUACAUCCGCGAGUUAGAAGAAAGGGUAGAACAUAUGGAGCGGCAACUAAGCUCGUCCAAAAUCGAAAUAAGGAAUCUGCCGCAGAAACAAGAAGAAAGCAAGAAAGAUCUGUGCGCUAUAGUCACCAAGACCGCAAACAUUCUUGGAUGUCCGAUAGAUGACACUGAUAUUAAAGAUAUAUUUCGCAUGAAAAACAAAAAGGAUUCAAACACUAUUACUGUUGAUUUCAAUAGCGCUAUCACAAAGGAAAAUAUCCUUAAAAAGGCCCGUGAUUUCAAUAAAGCAAAUAAAGAGAACAAGUUAAAUACCACGCAUUUGAAAAUUAAUGGGUCCUUAAAACAUAUCUUUGUGGCCGAAAAACUAACACCGAAAACGCAGCGCAUCUAUUACCUUGCUCGCUGCUUUGCUGAUUCUCACAAGUAUAAGUACUGCUGGACAUCAUUCGGUAAGGUUCUGCUGCGUAAAACGGAUGGAGAACGACACUACAUUAUAAAAAGCGAAACCGACCUUGAUAACCUUCAUGGCGAAAAAUGA